AUGUUAGAGGAAGAGUGCCCACUCGUGGAAAAUGGACCAAUUCUGGAGAUAGCCGAAAAGAUUUGCGAAUUCUGUCACGAACUUACAAGUCAUGAAAAGCCAAAUAUGAGAGCCGAAUGCAGAGCACACUGCUUCUCAACGGAUGCGUUUCGAGCAUGCGUGAACAUUUUCGCUGCGCCAACACGACGUCAAUCCACUCGAUCCAGACAUCGAAUACGCCAUAUAUGGAGUUAA